CAUUUCACAAAGCAAACUUGGCCUACUUUUACUUAAAUAAACAGCAUCAAGAGAAAAAUUCAAGAACACACCUAACAAAAAAAAGAAAAAAUCAAACUUUUUCACACAGCACACCACAAUGUUUAGAGCCAUGAGCACCAGGAAAAGCCACGGCGGCUACGAAAAGCUCGGCGACGAAGAACCGAGACUGAAGAGGGUCACGAGCGUUCCGGCUAGUGUUUAUGGUAAUUCAAGAAACCCGAUUCAAGAGGUGAAGAAGACGCCGACGGCGAAAGCAACCGGUGGUUCUGUUCAUCCUUUGCUAAGUUUCUUCGACGUUCGUUUUCAGAGGAAGAAGAAGAAGAAGCCGACUAAGAAGAGUUUGGCGACGGCGAAACCGGAGUUUGCGAGGUAUAUGGAAUAUGUGAAGGAAGGAGGUGUGUGGGAUCCGAAUUCUAACGCACCUGUGAUUCAUUACAGAUAGAUUCAAAUGAAGGAAGACGAAUAAAGACUUUGUAUAUUGUUUUUUAUAUAAUCUAUGAGGAACACAAAAAACAACCUGUGAUUCGAUUCAAAAGAUGGAUCAAACUAUGAAUUUGUCAUGUUUUGCGAAUUGAUGUAUUCAAAAUAUGAGUGUUUAGUGCACUUUCAUUGAGUUCUCAAGAAUAAGAUAAAUUCAAGAUCCAUGAGCUUAUAAUGAUUAA